GCGCUGCUGGGGCUCUGCGCGCUGCCCCCGCCGGCGCCCGGGCCGGAGCGGGGCGAGCCCCGGCGCGGCGGGCAGAAAACUUUCCGGGCGCUGCUGGCCGUGGGCCGGGAGCAGCAGCAGCAGGAGGAGGAGGAGGAGGCGGCCGGGCGGGCGGCUCCGGUGCGGCGGGGCAUCUUCUGGAGCCGGGAGCUGGAGGCGCGGGUGCCGCCGGGCUUCGCGGCCGAGGAGGCGGCGGCGUGGCCGGCGGCCGCCCGCGCCGCCCGGGUGUCGUCGCUGGAGCGCGGCGGCUGCGGGCGCAGCUCGAACCGGCUGGCGCGGCUGUCGGACGGGAGCCGGGCCUGCGUGCGCUACGGCGUGAGCCCGGAGCAGAUCCAGGGCGAGGCGCUGUCCUACCACCUGGCCGGCGUGCUGGGCAUGCAGCAGCGCCUGCCGCCCAUGGCGCUGGCGCUGGUGGAGCCCCGCGGGCGGCAGUGGGAGCCGGUGCGGGAGGAGCUGCGCGGCUCGCUGUGGGCCGAGGGCGCCGUGGUGAGCCUGACGCGCUGGGUGGACAACCUGACGGCCGUGGUGGCCCCCGCGCCCUGGGGCGCCGAGGCGGGCGGCGGGCGGCGGCCGCGGGCGCUGUCGGCGGCGGAGCUGGGCGGGCUGCCCGCGGCGCAGCUGGUGGAGCUGGUGCAGUGGAGCGACCUGAUCCUCUUCGACUACCUGACGGCCAACUUCGACCGGCUGGCCAGCAACCUCUUCAGCCUGCAGUGGGACCCGCGCGUCAUGCGGCGCGCCACCAGCAACCUGCUGCGCGGCCCCGACGGCGGGCUGGUCUUCAUGGACAACGAGGCCGGGCUGGUGCACGGCUACCGCCUGCUCGCCGUCUGGGACCCCUACCACGAGCCGCUGCUGCGCUCCGUCUGCGUCUUCCGCGAGGGCACGGCCAGGCGGGUGGCCGAGCUGCACCGCCGCCGCAGCGCCGCCGCCGAGCUGCGCCGCCGCUACCGGGCCCGGGAGCCCCUGUGGGCACACCUCGGCUUCCUCUCGGAGCGCCAGGCCGAGCUGCUGCAGGCCCGCGUCGACUUCGUGCACCGCCACAUCGCCCACUGCCGCGCGCAGGCCGCCGCGCUCUGACCCCCGGCCCGGGGUGCCCGGAGCCGGGUGCUGGCGGUGGUGCCAGGCACCCAGGGACCCCCCUCGGGCGGUUGCUGGAUGUCGGCGCUGAGAAGGAAGCGUGUAGAAAGCCCCCGUCCCGGUAGCUGUUAGUCUGUGUCGUGGGCGCUCCUGGUUCGGCUGCUCGGUCCCCGGUGUGUGUUUGUGAUCGUCGCCAUCCUUUGAUUUGACCCGUAACGUAACCGGCGCGUGGGGGACGGAAGAGGAUCGAUCUCCCAGGCUGCAGACACAUCGCUGUGUGCCAAGACUUUGAUGUGAUAGUGAAAGCGGAGAACGAAACUGUCCCAUGCACUUUACUUUGACUUUUUAAUUUUUUAUAAAAAGGACCUUUUUAUUUUACAAAGUCUGCCUUUUAUGUACAUUAUAAAUGUUCAUAAGCCUUUCUGUAACAUACUAAAGAAACUGAUGUUUCAGUAAAGCGUGCCCGAUGUUUUGCCUCCUUUGUCCCGACUAUGUGCCCAAGCCUGGAAAGGGAAGCGCGCACCUCCGCCAGCCCUGGUGAGUGACACGGCCCGCUGCCUCCCAGCUGCUUCCUGCACUGAGCUUCAGCUAAACAGACUUGCGUGGUGGCUUUUGUUCGUGGGAUUUGGUUGCUGGUCUUUUUUUUUUUUUUCCAAGCCUGAAAAGAUCUGCUUUUAUCAGCACCGGUUGGUUUCAGUAAACUGACUUGAGCCUAGGGGCUGGCAGCCCCUUUGGGUGCCCAGUCUGUGUCCCAGCCUUGUAACAUGGCUCGCUUCAAGUGUCACCGGACCAACAGCAGGUACCCAAAGCUUCUGGAGCUGCCAGGUAUUUCUGGGAGGUGGUUGCACUGAUUCUCUGCCUUCUGUUUCCAUUUCAUCUAUCUUUGCAGCUGGGGCUGAAGCCAAACUGAAGAAUAGGAAAGCUUUUCAGUCUUGCUAAAAGAGGUGUGUGGUGUUUUUUUUCUACAAAAGUUUUGUUUGAGGUACAGCAAAGCAGCACCAGCGGGUGGACAAAACAAAGCAUCUGCAUCUCUUGUUGCAUUUUUUUAUCAUGUGCCAGUAUCCACAGAAGAGGCAAUUGUACGGCUCACAACACAGCCGGAAUAGGGACAAAGGACAAGCUAAUCCUCUUUGCGCCCCAGAUGCCGGUGCCCAUCCCGCUGUAACGGAGCGGCAGCGUAACCCCUGGUGCUGAGGCAGCAGCGCGCCGGGGGGAUGCGAGGCGGUGGCUGCUGCCUUCCUGCGGUGAGCACCGACCCCCCCGGACCUCAGCAAGAGCAGCGCCUUCAUCCAUGCUGGUGGGGGUCCUUGGGCUGUUAAUAUUCAUUUAUUUAGAUUAAACUUCACACCGAGA